CUGCGGGGGACAGGGCUUGGGGAUGCUGGGACACCUGAGUCCCUCUCUUGGGGUGGCUCGUGGAGGGGACAGGCUGCGGGAGCAGCAGGGUCUCUGUCCUCUUCCGUGGCAGGAUGCAGGUACCCACUGGCUCCACCAGCCCCGGGUUCCAUGUGGGACUGGGGCACUCCACGCAGCCGGGGCUGGCCCCUGCUCCCUGGCCCUGCAGCGGCCCCAAGGGGCAGGUUUCAGCCCAAAGGCGCUGGGGGUCCUGGCUGUCACCAGGAGCUGCUAGUGUCAGCUCUGGGGUUUCCUGCUCCCUGCACUGUGCAGUAGGGACAGCCCCAGGCUGGUGGGGGGCUGUGGGGCUGGGGUUAAGGGGCCCAGGCACACGGUCAGGAGAAAUCUGAGGCUCAACCUGCUGCAGACCCCUCGAGCUGCCUGAGCCUGGCACCAGUGGGGUGCCAAACAGUGGGUGCAUGUGCCCUGUGCCCGGCACCACCAGCUCUUGGGGGGGCCAGCUCCGAUCCAUGCUAUGGGGACCUGCAUGGUGCCCCAGGGAAGGCCCAGCAUGCUGUACUCAGGGUGGCGGCCAGCCUUUCCCAUGCCCUGGCUGGGUGUCAGUGUCCCACUGUGCCCAGCGCUGGCACCUGUCUCCCUCCAGCAGCACUGUGGCCACCCUGGAUGGUCCAUGGACAUCCUGCUCAUGGAGGGACAAUGGGGGAGAAGUGCCACCACCUGCUGCAGCCACCCUUAGGCAUGGGGCUGCAGCAGUGAUGACUUGUCUUUCAAGGCAUUGGCUCACACCACCACGAUACCCUCUCACCCCGCCGGGGCAAGCCAGCAGUUCCUGCCCCACCGGCAACACACGCCAUAAUUAGCGCAGGCAGGGUAGAAGCGUCAGUGAUAAUUGGCAGUGACUCGUUAGUACUGGAGCGCCGCAUGCCCGGGGCGCGGCAGGACUUUCCGGCAGGGCUAGUCUACGGGGCCAGCUGGCAUCCUGGUGUGCUGGCUGCUGCACCGCCGUGCGGGGCCUGGCUGGCUCCCUGCCACCAGAGCGGGGCUGGGUGCGGGCGCGGGGGCGAGUGCUGUCAUCACCUUGCUUCAUGCUGCAGCAUGCCCCAGCCCCGCCAACCCUGGUAGAAGUCUCGGCUGCGGGCAGGCAUUGGGGCACUGCUGGCACAGACGGUGAGAGCGCGGAGACCGGGUGGCUGUGGGGCAGAGGGCAGGGGAGGAAAGGCAGUGCCGAGGGGCGUCUUGGCUUGCCAGGGUUUCCUCAUGGGUUUCUGACAGCACCCACACAACCGUGAGGGGACUUGACACGCACUGUGCCCUUGCAGGGGCGGGCGCCCACAGCACCAUGAACCGGAUCACGGUGUACGAGCGUGCCAACUUUGAGGGGCUGAGCCGGGAGUUCACCUGCGACGUGCCUGACCUGCAUGAGCUGGAUUUUGGGGACUGCAUUGCCUCCCUGAAGGUGGUGGGGCAGCCCUGGAUCGCCUACACAGACCCCAAGUAUGAGGGGGAGCCGCAUGCCUUUGAGGAGGGCGAGUACCCCUCCGUGGCACGGCCUAACAGCUUCUCAGCACUGCGCCUUGUGCACCAUGACCUGGGGGACCCCCAGAUCACCCUCUACGAGCGCCCCAAUUUUCAAGGUGCCUGCAAGGUGGUGGUGGAGGAGACCAACUUGGCGUAUGGGUACUUCAAUGACCGGGUGGCCUCCCAUGUGGUGCAGCGAGGUGUCUGGCUGCUCUACCAGCACCCCGGCCGAGGUGGUUGGCACUGCUUGGCAUGGCCCGGCGAGCGUCUUGCUGACUACAAACCUGAGCUGAACUUCCAGUCUCGGUUGUCCCACCUGCGCCCGCUGCAGCCUGGGCGGCCCCUGGUCUCGGCACGUCUCCUCUGGGAGCAGAAGCAGGUAGAAUCAGAGCGGGAGGUGCUGGUGGAUGAGAUUGAGGGGGUGAACGAGACAGAGUCAGAACAGGUGCUAGCAGCCAGCAGCAGCCGGGAGUACACCACCACACUCUGGCAGAGCUUCCACUUCAGCAACGCCACCAGUCUCAAAGCCGGGCUCUCCUUCACUCUGAUCGUGGAAGCCUCCAACAUCUUCACAGUGCAGAAAGGGCACAGUGAAUCCAGCACCCGCCGGGAACGCAUGGAAGUGCAGCUGCCAGCUAAGAUCCCUCCACGCACAGUGCUCAGCAUCCAGGUCUUGCGGAAGGAGGUAACACUUUCUGUCCCGGUCCUGCUCACCAUCACCCAGAAUGAAGCUGUCCGUACGGAAAUGGGCGAGUACCGCAGCGUCUCGGGUACCAACAUCAGUGCCCGCUAUAGCUUGAAGCCUCUGCCAGCUGCCAGCACACAGCAGGCAGCCACUGAGGGGACAGAGCAGGUGCCUGGCACUGGGAUGGGGCUGUAGCUGAGCACUAGCCCUGUCCCCUCAGUGGUGUGGAACCCCUGGGGAUGCCCACGCUGCCUGUGUGGCCUGCCCAUGCAGGAGCCAGAACCCGCCUUGCUCGGCCUUGUCAGGUGGCUCCAGCUGGCAGGACCUCCAGUGAUCCUGAGAUCCAGGGAGGCAGCUGGGGAACAUGGUGCCUCCUCCCCCUGGGUG